AACCCAUGCGCCCUCCAAUUCCGUUCAUUUGAACGUAAAAGAUAAGGCGGGCAGAUAGAAGAGUCGAGAGAGAGAGAUCGCUCCGACAAGGGAAAAAGAGGGGUUGGAGAGAGAAAGGUGCAGGUGAGACACAGAGAGAGAUGGUGCCGUCUCUCGCAAUGUCUCAUUCCCCUUUCUGCCGCUUUCAUGUCGUCCCCCUUAACGCAACUCCACCUUCGUCGUCCCCUGCCUUCCAUUGUUUGCGCUCUGACAAAACCCUUAAACCCCAUUCUCCUACCUUUAAUACUGCACUUGCUCGGAGAAUCUCCAGAUAUCUCAAAAAAUGGCCACUCUACGUGCGCACAAACGCCGAGGUGUUGGAAGUCUUCCAACUUACAUCUUCAACGUCACAUAAUAUAUUUGACUGCAGGACCUCGGAUUUGUUGAUGAUAAGAUGAAUUGUUUGGACGUAUCAUCUGAACUCAUGCAUGUCCAAUACAAUUCUGAUCAUCUGGAUAAAUGUGUUGGAGCAAGCCUCGUAGCCAAAGACGGCAAAAUAUCCACGCCUUUCGUGGAUGGUGUUGAUAAUGCUGCUGAGAUAUCAUUUUCAUCUUGGAUGAAAUUUGCAAUGCUCUUUGGAUUUUCCACUCUUCAAUAUUCACCAUAUGCAAUGGCUACUUUACAGUUUGCAAGUGGGUUGCAGUCCAUUCCUUAUAUUGGGGAUUUCAGUGAUGUUACCACAGGUUUUACUUCGGCCUUCUUGCUGAUAUUUUUUUCUGAGCUGGGUGAUAAAACCUUUUUUAUCGCGGCACUCCUUGCAGCCCGGAAUUCUGCUGCUAUUGUUUUUGUUGGAACAUUUGGUGCUCUAGCAGCUAUGACUAUCAUAUCUGUCUUUCUUGGCCGCACCUUCCAUUACAUUGAUGGUAUCCUUCCAUUCAGAUUGGGUGAGACAGAGUUGCCCAUUGAUGACAUUUUGGCAGUUUGCCUCUUGGUCUAUUUUGGGUUUUCCACUCUGCGCGAGGCCAUUUCAAGUGAUAGCAUGAAAACUAAGGACGAACAAGAAGAGGCAGAGCUAGCAGUUUCAGAAUUCUCAAGAGACGGUGCUGGUAUUGUGGCAGCUGCAAAUACUGCCUUUGGCACAUUCUUUUUAGUUUUUGUUGCAGAAUGGGGUGAUAAAUCAUUUUUCUCCACAAUAGCACUUGCGGCCGCUUCUUCUCCCCUCGGAGUUGUCUUUGGAGCAUUGGCUGGUCAUGCUGCUGCAACUUUGCUUGCUGUUCUGGGGGGUUCUUUGUUGGGGACUUUUUUAUCCGAGAAGGUCAUUGCCUUCACCGGAGGAUCUCUCUUUCUUGCGUUUGCUUUGGUCACAUUAAUCGAUAUAUUGACUUAACUUUUGGAUAUUUGCUACUCCAAGAUAAAUGUUAACCCAAGAACAAUGUGAAACCUCAAAUUUCUCUUGUUUUCUUAGAAACUAAAGGGCUUUCAUGUGUGGUUAUACCUUGAAAUUUCAUUUC